AUGGAUGUGGUCGUCCCAUCGCCGGUGUUGGCUAACGGCAUCAGCUCUGCAGCGGGCGGACCGACGUCACCGUUGACGCCUGGGGGUUCAGCCGUGGGCGGUGGUGUUUCGCCAUCGUCCUACGUUGACCCGGCCCGUGUUGUUGACCAUAUUGCCGCUGUCCUCGAAGCCGCACUUGGCGCCACCCGCGAAGAGCUCGAAGCUCCUGGCAGCCUCCUCUCAAAGUCCCGCUACGCCGACACCGUGCAGCGCUGCUCCCGGUUUGCCCAUGAGCCCCAAGUUGUUUCCCUCUACAUCCAGAAAGACCUGCUCCCCACGUCCGCAAUAACACCGGUGGCUGCGACCCCAUCAAGAUUAGGCAACGCAGACGAGAAUGACAACUCACCGAAACCGAGCGCCCCGUCCCAUGUCUUUUCCCUGGCGGCCGACCUGUCGGCCAUUUCCAUGACCGUCGCCUUCCUCGUACUCCUCAAGCGGCCGCAACCGCUCGACCCCAAUGUCCCAAUCACGUCCCAAGUCCAGAUGCUCAACUUGCCCGGACCGGCAUACCUGACCGCUACGGCCGGUGAGCAGGGCCUGUCCACGUCUCCCUUUGAGAUCCUGCAGAUGUAUCUGCAUAACGGUCUGGCUCCUUAUUUCGACGCGAGCACAAAGCCGGCCGUGAACGCCGCAUCUGCUAAUGGCACCAGCAGCACCAGCCGCGUGCGUGCCGAUCUUGAGGCCAAGACGGGCGUUCCUGUCACCAAGAAGCGUUGGACCGAGCUCGAGCUUAGUUUGGCCCACCUGCAGCAGAAUGUCGAGAUUCCGGAGGUCGUCCUUCCCUUCCCACCCAUCGUGCAGACGGCUCUGGACGACGCUGCUGCGCGAGGUGUGCGGCCCUUCUUCGACCAGCUACCUCAAGGCGUCAUCCAGGAUACCGCGAUGCUCAACAGCCUCCAGGCCACAGUCAACACGUGGAUCAAGUCCAUCCAGGUGAUUACGAAGAUGACACAGGAUCCUACGACAGGGACGGCAAACCAGGAAAUUAACUACUGGCUGUCGAUGGAGUCUGCUCUGGAGCGCAUCGAGACGCAACUUCGUGGUGAUGGCGUCUCCCUGACGCUUGACAUCCUUAAGCAUGCGAAGCGGUUCCAGGCCACCGUCAGUUUCGUGGCCGACACGGGCCUGAAGGAGGCCAUGGAGCGCGUGCAAAAGUACAACCAGCUGAUGCGCGACUUUCCCCUGGACGAACUUCUUUCGGCGACUACCCUGGCCAAGGUGGAGGAUUCGAUUGUGCAAAUUUUUGGCCACCUCAACAAGAAGCUGCGUAUUUGCCCCUACCCAAUCCGCCGCGCUCUCGCGCUUGUGGAGUCCAUCUCCGGUGACCUCGACGACGCCAUGCACCGCCUGCUUCCUGGCACCGAGCUCGUCGACCUCGAUUACAACGAGUUCAACCGCGUCAUGAGCGCCACAAACGGCAUCUUCCGCGCCUGGGACGACAUUGUCAAGGAAUUCACAAAUGUGGCUCGUGAGGUCACCCGCCGCCGCAACGACAAGUUUAUCCCGAUCAAAAUCAACCCGCGUCACGCCCAGCUGCAAGCACGCCUCAAGUACAUCCAGAACUUCCGCGAGAAUCACGAGCAGUUGCAGCGCACAAUUGUGACCGUCCUCGGCACUAAGGAGUCUAACGCCGACGGCGCUGAUACUUCUGCUGCUUCUAACGGCAGUGCCGUGGUAGCUGCGAAUGGCUUCGGCGGCCCGUCUGGCUUCGAGGAGACUAGCGAUGUCGAUGCUGUAGAGGAAGUCCGGCAAGCCUGGGAGGCGCUGCGGAACGUCGAUCUGCUGGAUGUCACCCCUGAGGGCACCACCAAGUGGGUCCGGGCCGAAAAUACCUACAACGAGCGGACCGCCCGCGUCGAGAACUCCAUCAUUGCCCGCCUGCGUGAUCGCCUGGCGACGGCCAAGAACGCGAAUGAGAUGUUCCGCGUCUUCUCCAAGUUCAACGCGCUAUUCGUGCGGCCUAAGAUUCGGGGUGCCAUUGCCGAGUACCAGACGCAGCUUAUCGACAACGUCAAGCAAGCCAUUGCCGCCCUCCAUGAGCGUUUCAAGCAGCAGUACGGCCACUCCGAGGCCCACGCCAUGGCUACCCUCCAUGAUCUGCCUCCUGUGUCCGGUGCUAUCAUCUGGGCCCGCCAGAUCGAGCGGCAGCUGGACAAUUACAUGAAGAAGGUUGAGGAUGUCCUGGGCGCUGACUGGGCCUUGCACGCUGAGGGCCAGAAGUUGCAGAACGAGAGCAUCCAGUUCCGCAAGAAGCUGAAGACGGCCCCCAUCUUUGAGGCCUGGGCACGAGAUACAAUGCGCCGCGAAGUGUCUAUUGCCGGCCGCCUUUUCAGCAUCAAGCGCGUUCGCUCGGCUGGCAACACCCUGGAGCUUGCCGUCAACUUCGAUCCUCAGGUUAUUGCCCUUUUCAAAGAGACGCGCAAUCUCAUCUGGCUCAACUGCUCCGUGCCCCAUGCAGUCAACAGCGUUGCGAAGGACGCCAAGCGUGUUUACCCCUACGCUGUCAGUCUCAUGGAGAGCGUUCGCACCUUUGCUCAGACCCUGCGCACGAUCAACGAAAUGCCCGAGGUAUCCAUAUUGCUCAACGGCCACCGCAACGAUGUUUAUGCCUUGAUUGCCAAAGGCGUUCCUCUCCGCUGGGAGUCCUUUGUCAACAGCUACGAGGUCCACCUGCGCGGUCUACCAUCACAUAUGUCUAACGGCAGCAUUGGUGGCGGUGCUGGCGGUGCGAUGGAUCGUCUCAAGGGUGGCGAGAGCCGUCACGUUUUGUUUGUGCGUGAGAUUGCGGCAGCAGUAUCACUGCUGCAGACCAAGACCGCUACCUUGGCUACCUACCGCGCUACGAUUCAGAAAUCCAUGCGUGAGCUGGCUACCUGCCCCUACGAGGCUGCAGCUUUCGAGUCGCGCUUGCGUUCCAUCCAAGAGGCUGUUGAUCAGCUAAACCUGCAGCAGUAUGCUAACCUUGCGUAUUGGGUCGAGGGCAUGAACCGGCAGAUCAAGGCAACGCUCCUGACUCGCUUGCAGCGUGCCAUCCAGGCUUGGAUCGAAGCAUUUGAGGAUGACGUCUCGGCCGAUGGCAAUAAGCAAACUAAGUCUUCCUUCGGUACGAUUGGUUUAAGUAACGCGUCUGCCAACACAGCGUCUACUCGCCGGAAGCAGAUUGCCGCCAACGACGCUUCCGCCGCCGCGGCGACCCCAGACGAUACUCCUUCGAUGAAGCAGCUUGUGCACGAAAUUACAAUGCGUAAUCAGCUCAUUUACCUGGACCCGCCAUUGGAGUUUGCCCGUGCCAGCUGGUAUCUGCGCUUGCAAGACUGGCUCGGUGUUGUUUGCAACCUGCGCAAGAUCAAGGCCACCAGCUAUGAGAUGCGUCUGGGCACGACUAUGGUGGAAGACACCCGCUUUAACGACCUGCCAGCUGACUGCACGCCUAUGCUCCUACGCGUUCAGACAUCGAUCGAGACCAAGCUCCAGGCCAUUGGCGGUUACGUUGACGAAUGGCUUCGUUUCCAGUCUCUUUGGGAUCUUCAAUCCGAGAAAGUCUACGACCUGCUCGGUGACCGCCUGGCUCGCUGGCUCCAGCUUUUGCAGGAGAUUCGCAAGACGCGCCAGACGUUUGACACCACCGAGGUCAGCCGCUCGUUUGGUCAUAUCACCAUCGACUACGACCAGGUCCAAACCAAGGUCAAUGCCAAGUAUGACCAGUGGCAGCACGACAUCCUGCUCAAGUUCGCUGGUCGCCUCGGUAACCGCAUGCGAGAGGUCUAUGCCGAGAUCGAGAAGGCUCGUACCGAUUUGGAGACCCUGAGCCUUGAGGUCAACUCGACUGCACAUGCUGUCCAAUUUAUUACCAUCGUGCAGUCGUGCAAGCGCCACGUGAAGCUCUGGGCUCCAGAGAUUGAGACCUUCCGCCAGGGCGAGUCGACUUUGGUGCGCCAGCGCUACCAGUUCCCCAACGACUGGCUCCACGCCCAACAGGUUGACCACGAGUGGAACUCCCUUAAUGAGCUGCUGAGCCGCAAAGCCAAGAUCGUCCAGGAUCAGACGGAUGCUCUCCGCGCCAAAAUUAUUGCUGAGGAUAAGAUCGUGGUCGACAAGAUUGCCGAGAUUGCCGUGCAGUGGAACGAAGAGAAACCCGUUUCUGGCACCAUUGCGCCCGAUAUUGCGACGGCCACUCUUGCUACCUUUGAAAGCCGCAUUACCGCUUUCCAGGAGGAAGCGGCCAUGGUGGCCAAGGCCAAAGAGGCACUUGACCUGCCACCAACUGCCGAGACAUCUCUUGCAGGCAUUCUUGAGGAGGUUCACGACUUCAAGUCUGUCUGGGCCUCGCUCUCCCUCAUCUGGAAAAACCUCAACGAGCAGCGCGAGAUGCUGUGGAACAGUGUCCAGCCUCGCAAGGUUCGCACUGCUAUGGAUAACCUCAUCAAGAUGACCCGUGACAUGCCCAGCCGGAUGCGCCAGUACGCCGCCUUUGAGCACAUCCAGAACAUUCUCAAGACGUACGUGCGCGUCAAUCCUCUCCUGAGCGACCUGAAGUCCGAGGCUGUUCGCGACCGCCACUGGACCAAGAUCUACAAACAAAUCAAGCCGGGCAAGCGCUACUCUCCUGUGUCGAUGACCCUGGGCGACGUGUGGGAUCUCAAUCUUGUGGCAACGGAAGCCAUCAUCAAGGACAUUAUCGCCCAAGCUCAAGGCGAGAUGGCUCUUGAGGAAUUCCUGAAGCAGGUGCGCGAGACGUGGACCAGCUACAACUUGGAGCUGGUCAACUACCAGAACAAGUGCCGCCUGAUCCGUGGCUGGGACGACCUCUUCGCCAAGUGCAGCGAGAACCUCAACUCUCUGCAGGCUAUGAAGCACUCUCCGUACUACAAGGAGUUUGAGGAAGAGGCCUCGUCAUGGGAGGACAAGCUGAACCGUGUCCAUGUUUUGUUCGAUGUCUGGAUCGAUGUCCAGCGCCAGUGGGUGUACCUCGAGGGUGUUUUCACGGGCAACGCUGACAUCAAGCACCUGCUGCCCAUUGAGUCAUCCCGUUUCCAGAACAUCAACAGUGAGUUCUCUGCCGUCAUGAAAAAGGUCUAUAAACAGCCCUACGUUCUUGAUGUCCUCAACAUCCCCAAUGUUCAAAAGUCGCUGGAGCGUCUCGCCGAGCUGCUCAACAAGAUCCAGAAGGCCCUUGGCGAGUAUCUUGAGAAGGAGCGUGUUUCAUUCCCUCGCUUCUACUUUGUUGGUGACGAGGACCUCCUGGAGAUGAUCGGUAACAGCAACGACACUAUGCGCAUUGCCAAACACUUCAAGAAAAUGUUUGCUGGUCUGUCAGGCCUCACCAUGGAGGAUGAAACAGUCAUCACGGGCUUCACCUCCAAGGAGGGCGAGAUCGUCCGUCUCAAGCGCGACAUUUCUCUCAUCAAAACGCCGCGCAUUAACGACUGGCUUGCUUUGCUCGAGGGCGGCAUGAAGGCCACGCUCGCAGAGCUGCUGGCCGAGGCAGUUGCCGUUUAUACUCCGAUAUUCACGGCCGAGAAUGGCAUUGAUAAAGCGGCGCUUGCCGAGUUCAUGGAGACAUUCCCCAGCCAGAUCGUGGUGCUGGCCACCCAGGUUGUCUGGACCACGGUUGUCGACAAGGCCCUUUCUGAGGGUGGCAGUGGCCUCAAGGAUCUCUUUGAGCGCGAGGUCGAGGUCCUACGCCUCCUCGCUUCCACUGUUCUGGGCGACCUACACGUCCUGAUGCGCAAGAAGUGCGAACAGCUCAUCACAGAAUGUGUCCACCAGCGCGACAUCAUUGAGAAGCUCAUGAAGCUCAAUGCCAACUCCCCCACUCACUACAUGUGGCUGCUUCAGAUGCGUUACGUUUAUGCCGCUGAAGGCGAUGCCCAGCAGCGCCUCAGCAUCAGGAUGGCCAACGCUUCUCUACAGUAUGGCUUCGAGUACCUCGGUGUGCCCGACCGCCUUGUCCGCACGCCCUUGACGGACCGCUGUUUCCUGACUCUCACGCAGGCCCUGUGCCAGCGCCUCGGUGGCUCUCCUUACGGUCCUGCUGGUACGGGCAAGACGGAAUCUGUCAAGGCUCUUGGUGUCGAGCUGGGUCGCUUCACUCUUGUUUUCUGCUGUGACGACACAUUCGAUUUCCAGGCCAUGGGCCGUAUCUUCCUGGGUAUUUGCCAGGUUGGUGCAUGGGGUUGUUUCGACGAGUUCAACCGUUUGGAGGAGCGCAUUCUGUCAGCCGUGUCGCAGCAGAUCCAGAACAUCCAGCUGGGCCUGAAGCAAGGUGCCGAGGACGACAAGGCACAGAUUGAGCUUGUGGGCCGCCAGCUGCACGUUAAUGCCAGCACGGGUAUCUUCAUAACCAUGAACCCCGGGUAUGCUGGCCGAUCCAACUUGCCGGACAACCUCAAGAAGCUUUUCCGCAGCGUCGCUAUGUCCAAGCCAGACAAGGAGCUUAUUGCCGAAGUCAUGCUGUACUCGCAAGGCUUCAACCAAGCUAAGGUCCUCUCCAAGCAGACUGUACCGUUCUUCGACCAGUGUGCGGCGAAGCUGUCCAAGCAAGCCCAUUACGAUUUUGGCCUGCGCGCGCUCAAGAGUGUCCUUGUUAGCUCAGGUGGCCUGAAGCGGGCACGUCUCACCGAGGGAGGCGACGGCGUCCUGUCGGUAGAGGACAGCGGCGAGGUCGUUGAGCCUGAGAUCAUCGUCCAGAGCAUCCGCGAGACGAUUGCGCCAAAGCUCAUCAAGUCCGACGUUGAGAUCUUGGCUGGCAUUGAGACUGCCUGCUUCCCAGGUGUGCGCUACGUCCCGGCCAACCUCGAGGCGCUCGAGGCCGCCAUUCGCCGCCUCGCCGACGAGCGCCAGCUUGUGGUCAACGAUACUUGGUUGACCAAGGUGCUGCAGCUCUACCAAAUCCAAGGCAUCCAUCAUGGUGUCAUGAUGGUGGGUAGCUCCGGAUCUGGUAAGUCGGCCGCAUGGCGACUGCUCCUCGACGCUAUGCAGCAGGUCGAGAAGGUCGAGGGCGUUUCGCAUGUCAUCGACUCCAAGGUCAUGUCCAAGGAAGCCCUGUAUGGCAACCUGGACUCGACGACCCGCGAGUGGACCGACGGUCUGUUCACCAGUAUCCUGCGCAAGAUUGUUGAUAACCUGCGUGGUGAGGACUCCAAGCGCCACUGGAUUGUGUUCGAUGGUGACGUCGACCCCGAGUGGGUUGAGAACUUGAACAGUGUCCUAGACGAUAACAAACUGUUGACCCUGCCUAACGGUGAGCGUCUCAACCUUCCGCCCAACGUUCGCAUCAUGUUCGAAGUUGAAAACCUGAAGUACGCCACUCUGGCCACCGUUUCGCGUUGUGGCAUGGUUUGGUUCAGCGAAGACACUGUUACGCCGAGCAUGAUGGUAUCGAACUAUCUUGGAACGCUUGCCACGGUUGCAUUUGAAGACUUCGACGAGGAUGCUGUUGCCACGGGCCAGAGCGCCGCCAAGGCUCUGGCCGUCCAGACCCAUGCCGCUGAGCUGCUCAAGACUUACCUGACCGGCGACGACUUCAUUCUCCAGGCCCUUCGUCUUGCCGAUACCCAGACCUACCGGCACAUCAUGGAGUUCACAAUCGCCCGCGUCCUUACUACUCUCUUCUCGUUGCUAAACAAGGCCGUUCGCAAUGUCAUCGAGUACAAUUCUCAGCACUCCGACUUCCCGCUUGAGGCCGAGCAAGUUGAGGCCUAUAUUUCCAAGAAGCUUCUCCUUGCGCUCGUGUGGGCACUCACGGGUGAUUGCCCGCUGGACGACCGCAAGGCGUUUGGCGACAGCAUCGUCGGCCUUGCUAGCUUCGGUUCGCCCCCGCUUGACAGUGGUUCCGGCGGUUCCUCGCUGAUCGACUUCGAUGUAUCCCUCCCGCGUGCAGAGUGGACCGCCUGGCAGAACCAGGUGCCGACGAUCGAGGUCAACACGCACUCCGUUACCCAGACGGAUGUCGUCAUUCCCACCCUCGACACUGUGCGCCACGAGGAUGUUCUGUACUCGUGGCUCGCCGAGCAUAAGCCGCUGCUCCUUUGCGGUCCUCCUGGUUCUGGUAAGACGAUGACGCUUUUCAGCGCCCUGCGCAAGCUGCCCAACAUGGAAGUUGUGGGUCUCAACUUCUCGAGCGCGACGACACCCGACCUUCUUAUCAAGAGCUUCGAGCAGUACUGCGAGUACAAGAAGACUCUCAACGGAGUCAUGUUGUCGCCUACCCAGAUCGGCCGCUGGCUCGUUGUCUUCUGCGACGAGAUCAACCUGCCCGCUCCCGACAAGUAUGGCACUCAGCGCGCUAUCUCGUUCCUGCGCCAGCUGGUGGAGCACAACGGUUUUUGGCGCACGUCGGACAAGGCGUGGGUUACGCUUGACCGCAUCCAGUUCGUCGGUGCCUGUAACCCGCCCACCGACGCCGGCCGUACGCCUCUGGGUCCUCGCUUCCUUCGUCACGCGCCUCUCAUCAUGGUCGAUUACCCCGGCGAGCAGUCGCUGCACCAGAUUUAUGGUACUUUCAAUGCCGCUGUUCUCAAGAUCAUCCCCUCACUACGUGGCUAUGCAGAGCCACUGACCCAGGCCAUGGUCAAAUUCUACCUGGAGUCGCAACGCCGCUUUACGCCGCAGAUCCAGCCGCACUACGUCUACAGUCCCCGUGAGUUGACACGGUGGGUGCGUGGUGUGUACGAGGCUAUUCGACCCCUGGAGUCGCUUCCUGUUGAGGGCCUCAUUCGUAUCUGGGCACAUGAGGCUCUUCGUCUGUUCCAAGACCGUCUUGUGGCCGAAGAGGAGCGUCGCUGGACCGAUGACGCGGUGCGUCGCAUUGCUACGGAGCUCUUCCCCAACAUUGACGAAGAAAAGGCUCUUGGCGGACCAAUCCUGUUUUCCAACUGGCUGUCCAAGAACUAUGUCCCCGUUGACCGUGAGCAGCUGCGCGAUUUCGUCAAAGCGCGCCUCCGGACAUUCUGCGAGGAAGAAGUGGACGUACCGCUGAUCCUGUUUAACGACGUGUUGGAGCACGUUCUGCGCAUUGAUCGUGUGUUCCGUCAGCCUCAGGGUCACUUGAUCCUCAUCGGCGUCAGUGGCAGUGGUAAGACGACGCUCUCCCGUUUCGUUGCGUGGAUGAACGGCCUCAAGGUGUUCCAAAUCAAGGUUCAUGGCAAGUACUCGUCCGAGGACUUUGACGAGGACUUACGUGAGGUCCUACGCCGCUCCGGUUGCAAGGGCGAGAAGAUUUGCUUCAUCAUGGACGAAGCCAACGUGCUCGACUCUGGUUUCCUCGAGCGCAUGAACACGCUGCUAGCCAACGCUGAGGUACCUGGUCUCUUUGAGGGCGACGACUUGGCAGCGCUCAUGACGGCCUGCAAGGAAGGUGCUCAGCGCCAGGGUCUGCAUCUGGACUCGCAAGAAGAGCUGUACAAGUGGUUCACGAGUCAAAUUGUCAAGAACCUGCAUGUCGUCUUUACAAUGAAUCCGCCCGAGGACGGCCUGUCGUCCAAGGCAGCCACGAGUCCUGCCCUCUUCAACCGUUGCGUGCUCAACUGGUUUGGUGACUGGUCUGACCAGGCUCUGUACCAGGUGGGUCACGAACUCACGCAAUCUGUCGAUCUUGACCGGCCCAACUUUGUGGCACCCGACACCAUCCCAGUCGCAUACCGUGGCCUCACCCUGCCGGCCUCGCACCGCUCGGCUGUUAUCAAUGCCAUGGUAUACAUCCACUAUUCGCUACAGCGCUUCAAUGCCAGGCUUCUGAAACAACAAGGCAAGGUCACGUUCCUGACCCCCCGCCACUUCCUGGACUUUGUGGCGCAGUACGUCAAGCUCUAUAACGAAAAGCGCGAGGACCUCGAGGAGCAGCAACGGCACUUGAAUGUUGGUCUUGAGAAGCUACGUGACACUGUCGACAAGGUGCGCGAUCUGCGGGUCAGCCUCGCGGACAAGAAGGCCCAGCUCGAGAAGAAGGAUGCCGAGGCCAAUGAGAAGCUGCAGCGCAUGGUCGCGGACCAGCGCGAAGCCGAACAGCGCAAGAGCACGUCGCUUGAGAUCCAGGCGGCUCUCGAGAUUCAAGAAGCCGAAGUGGCCUCCCGUAAGAAGAUUGUGCUUGAAGACUUGGCCCGCGCCGAGCCCGCUGUCGAGGCAGCCAAGGCGAGCGUCAGCAACAUCAAGCGGCAGCAACUGACGGAAGUACGUUCCAUGACCUCCCCGCCCCAGGGAGUGCGUCUGACAUUGGAUUCUGUCUGCACUUUGCUUGGCCACAAGGUCGUAGGUGACUGGAAAGCCAUUCAGGGUGUCGUGCGUCGCGACGACUUCAUCGCCAGCAUCAUUAACUUCAACAACGAGAAGAUGAUGACCCGUUCGCUGCGUCUCAAGAUGCGCAAUGAAUUCCUGUCAAACCCGGAGUUCACGUUUGAGAAGGUCAACCGCGCCAGCAAGGCCUGUGGUCCUCUUGUGCAGUGGGUCGAGGCACAAGUCAACUACGCCGAGAUCCUGGAUCGUGUUGGGCCCCUGCGCGAUGAAGUGACACAGCUCGAGGACCAGGCCCUGCAGACCAAGGCACAGGCUAAGGCCGUCGAGAACACAAUUGAGACGCUCGAGACCAGCAUUGCCACCUACAAGACCGAGUACGCCGCCCUUAUCAGCGAAACACAAGCGAUCAAGGCCGAGAUGACGCGUGUCCAGUUCAAGGUGGACCGCAGCGUGCGGCUGCUGGACAGCCUGUCAUCGGAGCGUGUGCGCUGGGAGGAGGGCAGCCGGUCGUUCGAGACUCAGAUUGGCACACUUGUGGGCGACGUUCUGGUCGCCGCAGCAUUCCUUGCCUACAGCGGUCUGUACGACCAGACGUUCCGAAAGUCGAUGAUGGAUGACUGGCUGCACCAGCUACAGUUGUCGGGCAUCAACACCAAGCAGCACAACCCCGUCACGGAAUAUCUUUCGACGGCGGACGAGCGCCUUGGCUGGCAAGAAAACAUGCUGCCUGUGGACGACCUGUGUACGGAGAAUGCCAUCAUCCUGAAGCGCUUCAACCGCUACCCGCUCAUAAUCGACCCAUCGGGCCGCGUGACUGAAUUCCUCCAGCGCGAGUGCAAGGACCGCCGCCUCACUGUUACGAGCUUCCUCGACGACUCGUUUGCCAAGCAACUCGAGAGCUCGCUGCGUUUCGGUAACCCGAUUCUGAUCCAGGACGCCGAGCACCUCGACCCGCUUCUCAACCACGUGCUCAACAAGGAGUACCAGAAGACGGGCGGCCGUGUGCUUAUCCAGUUGGGCAAGCAGCAAAUUGAUUUCUCUCCAGCAUUUAAGCUGUACCUGUCUACACGCGAUCCCUCGGCAACGUUUGCUCCCGACAUUUGCAGCCGCACCACUUUUGUCAACUUUACGGUGACUCAAGGCAGUUUGCAGACACAGUCGCUCAAUGACGUUCUUAAGUCGGAGCGGCCGGAUGUGGACGAGCGCCGUUCAAACCUGAUCAAGCUUCAGGGCGAGUUCAAGGUGCACCUGCGGCAGCUGGAGAAGCGUCUGCUGCAGGCACUCAAUGAGUCGCGCGGCAACAUUCUGGACGAUGACAACGUGAUCGAGACAUUGGAGACGCUCAAAACGGAGGCCGCAGAGAUUUCCGCCAAGAUGAGCAACACGGAGGGUGUGAUGGCUGAGGUCGAGCAGAUUACGCUGCAAUACGCGAUUAUUGCGCGGGCAUGUAGUGCGGUGUUUGCUGUGCUCGAGCAGCUGCACUAUCUCAACCAUUUCUACCAGUUCUCGCUACAAUACUUCCUGGACAUCUUCCACUCGGUGCUGCACAACAACCCACAUCUGACGGGUGAGACCGACUACAAUGUGCGCCGCGACACUAUUGUGCGGGACCUAUUUGCCACGACUUUCAAGCGUACGGCGCUUGGCGUGUUGCAAAAAGACCGCAUUACGUUGGCCAUGCUCCUCGUGCAGGCGGCCCCGUACAAGAUGGACAAGGGCCUGAUCGAUGUGCUGCUCGACGAGCGCGUGCAGGGCCGUGACGCUUCCGCAACUGACAACAACAACGGCCGCGAAGGGUCAAUGGCAAUCGCACGCCGUCUGCCGGCACUCAAGGACAAAAUUGACAACGUGUCGGAGGUGGAGUGGUCGCGUUUCCUGAGCGAGGAGCUCGCCGAGACGGUUGUGCCUCCGUCCAUCCUGCAAGGCGGCGUGGGCAACAACGACGAGAAGCCGCCAACGACGGCAGCCGAAGCCGAGGCAGCCAAGAACAGUGCGGCGUACAACAAUGCGCUGCUCUCGCUGCUGAUGGUCAAACUCUUCCGUCUGGACCGGUUCGUGCCGGCGGCCGAGAAGUUUGUGACGCUUGUGUUCGGUGGCGAUCUCUUUGACAUUGUUGAGGACCUCGAGGGCACAGUGACGCAGGUGUCGGCGACGCGUCCGAUUGCGCUGGUAUCGAGCCCCGGUUUCGAUGCAUCGUACAAGGUCGACAACCUGGUGGAGCGCAUGAACGUGCGGUGCACGAACAUUGCCAUGGGCUCGGCCGAGGGCCUUGCGAGCGCAGACAAGGCAGUCAGCAACGCGGCACAAAUGGGCUCGUGGGUGCUAGUCAAGAACGUCCACCUGGCGCCAACGUGGCUGCAGUCGCUGGAGAAGCGCAUGGAGUCGCUCAAUCCGCAUGCGGACUUCCGUCUUUUCCUGUCGAUGGAGUCGAGCCCCAAGAUCCCGGUCAAUUUGCUGCGGGCUUCGCGUGUAUUGAUGUACGAGCAGCCGGCGGGUGUGCGGGCCAACAUGAAGGACUCGAUGUCGUCGUUGGCGACACGGUCCAGCCGCCCACCCGUGGAGCGCACGCGGCUGUACCUCCUGCUGUCGUUCCUGCAUGCUGUUGUGCAAGAGCGUCUACGCUAUGCGCCCAACCUGGGCUGGAAGGGCUUCUGGGAGUUCAAUGACAGUGAUGUACGUUCCCCUUUCUUGACCCGUUUACCCUUUGUACGUUUUAUGAGUUCCUGUUUACUAACGGUUUCGCAGUACGAAUGCUCAGCGUUCGUGGUCGACACGUGGCUGGAGACGGUGGCAGGCAACCGGUCCAACAUUGCACCUCAGAACAUUCCCUGGGACAUGAUCCGGUACCUGGUGCGGGAGACGUACGGCGGCAAGGUUGACGACGAAGGCGACUUCCAGCGGCUGCAGCAACUGGUGGACGGCAUUCUGACACCUGCUGCCUACGACAUUGGCCACAAGCUGGUGGAGGAGGACGCCGAGUCCAAGUCGUCUGGCCUUGUGGUGCCGGCAGGCACGUCGCUGCCGGACUGCAUGGCAUGGAUCCAGAAGCUGCCGGAGCGCGAGCCACCGACGUACCUGGGCCUGCCGGCGAAUGCAGAGAAGCUGCUACUGGUUGGCCUUGGCGAGAGCCUGGUACGGGACCUCAAGAAGGUGACGGACCUGCUGGACGAGGGCGAGCAGUUGAUGGCAGAGGCGUGA